AUAGAGAAUACUUUUUAAAAGCGUGAGCAUUUCACAAUCGUUAAAAGCAUUUAUUUGAAAGCUGCCUUUAAUCGCUGUCAGUUCAAUAAUAACUGUAAAGGAAAAAGUAUGAGUGGUAAGGGCGUUCUGAUGAUCCUGCUGAUGAUAGUCGUGGCAGUGGGGCUUAAGCACUUCUUCUAUCCAUGGGGCGGCUUAUCAGCGCCAACUUUACCCUUAAAUCAAUGGUGGGGAGAUGAGGAAGAACCUAGAGAUUGGCAGGCUUAUUUGGACAAUUCUUCAGAGGUCAUCAAUAAUCGUUUAAUGUAUGAGGAAAGUGUUAUCAAUGAAUUGAAAGAGCAACUUAAUCGUCCCUUGCAUUUAACUGAACCCAUUAGAGGCGCUAAUUUCGAAUACGGUUUCAAUACAGAAGCAUUGAAAUCUAUUAUUAAAUACUGGCGUGAUGACUAUUUGCCACGUUGGCGAGAGAGGGAAAUAUUCCUUUGGCAGUUCAAUCAUUUCACUACCGAUAUUCAAGGUUUACGUUUGCAUUUCUUCCAUUUGAUGGCCUAUGAUGAUCAAACCAUUGAUAAACAUCACUAUCCGGUAUUGCUAUUGCAUGGUUGGCCCGGUUCAGUAAGAGAGUUUUUCGACUUAAUUCAUAAAUUGCAUCAAACAGAAACUGAUAAGGAAAAUAAAUAUAUUUUUAAUGUUGUAGCGCCUAGUUUGCCGGGAUAUGCUUGGUCUCAGGGUACUUCAAGACCAGGUCUAGGUCCUGCCCAAAUUGCCGUCAUGAUGCGUAAUCUUAUGUUACGUUUAGGUUAUAAAAAAUUUUUCAUACAAGGCGGCGAUUGGGGCUCAAUAAUUGGUUCACACAUGGCUACUCUAUUCCCUGAAAAUGUUCUCGGCUACCAUUCGAAUUUUUGUGCAAUAAAUACCCCAAACUCUAUAUUUAAGGGAUUUCUCGCGAACUUCUUUCCAAGGCUUUUUGCUCCAAGCGGUUUUGAGGACUUUUUCUUUCCCAUAUCGGAUAAAUGGCUUUACAUCUUAGAGGAGACCGGUUAUAUGCAUCUACAAGCUACCAAACCUGACACAAUUGGCACUGCUUUACUAAAUAACCCGGUGGGUUUGGCUGCGUACAUUCUGGAGAAAUUUUCUAUAUGGACAAAUGUUUCGUAUCGUCAUUGUCCAGAUGGCGGAUUGACGGAACGUUUUAAGCUCGACGAUCUGUUAGAUAACGUUAUGAUUUAUUAUCUGACAGACUCCAUCACAACAACGCAGCGCGUUUAUAAAGAACAUUUCUCUAAAGAGCAAAUGACUCUCCGUUUGGAUUACGUACCUACUUAUGUGCCGACUGGUUGUGUUCGUUUUAAAAAUGAUUUAAUACACUUUUUAGAUUUUCAAUUGGAAGAGAAAUACCGAAAUCUAAUCCACAGCACUUACUAUCACGAGGGCGGCCAUUUUGCCGCUUUGGAAGUACCGGAUAGUUUAUAUAAUGACUUUAUAAGUUUUGUGCAAAAAGUUGAACGACUUGCAAAGAUAAAGGAAUAUAAGAGGGAACUAUAACGUUUAACAAAUACUAUGCACUGCGUUUUUUUAUUCUCUCGAUCUCUAUGAGGAUGAAGAAAGUCCCUAGUUA